CUAACACACACAUACACACAAACUGUUUCUGAAUGUUUCUCACAGAGUUGGAGUUGAGGAUUGUACUGCUGGGUAAGAGUGGAGCUGGAAAGAGUGCAACAGGAAACACCAUCAUGGGGGAAGAGGUCUUUGAAGAAGAUUCAACUUUUGACUCUGUCACCUCAGUUUCUCUUAAGGAGAGUGGAAGGGUGUUUGGGAGGCAGAUCACACUGGUCGACACCCCACGACUGUUUGAUACAUCGAAGGCACCCGGUGAGCUGAAAAGUGAGAUAGAGAAGUGUGUCAACAUGUCUGUUCCUGGGCCUCACGUCUUCCUGCUGGUGAUCAGAUUAGACGUGAGUUUAACAGUGGAGGAGAGGAAAGCAGUGAAGUGGAUCCAGGAGAACUUUGGCAAGAGAGCGGCACAGUUCACCAUGGUACUGUUCACUCAUGCUGAUCAGCUGAAGGGGAAAUCAGUGGAACACAACUUCAAUAAAGACCUUUGGAACCUGAUAGACAGCUGUGGAGGAGGAUAUCACUCCUUUAAUAAUUUAGAGCGGGAUGACCAGACUCAAGUGGAAGAGCUGCUGGAGAAGAUUGAUGCCAUGGUGGAGAAGAAUGGUGGAGAACACUACACAAACAAGUUGUACCAGGAGGCUCAGACUGAAGUAACAAAACUGUCAUGUUUCACCAAGACACAGCAUGAGGGUGAAUGGAAAGGAAGCAGUGUGCACUGA